AUGAUUUGUAAUGCCGAUGAAAUUCGAAGCCACCCAUGUUUAGAUUCUUUCACACAAUUUUAUAUGGACGAGCAGCAUUAUUUUUAUCCACAGUGUGACGAUGGAAAAAUUUUACGUAGAAGCCUGGUAGAUGGCAUUGAAAAAAAUGUUUUGAAGAUGCCAAAUAAUGCAGAGGAAAGCACCGAGGAGACAAAAAUACCAAAUGAGGAGGACUUUGAUGUAGAAAAUCUUCCAGAAAAUGAAAAUUUGCCGAAGAUAUUUAUAGAAGGGCGUCUCAUUGAGGCGAUUCGAAGACGACCGCCUCUCUGGAAUUUUAAGCUUCCAGUUGCACAAAGGGAUGUUCGGAGCAAAGAAAAGUUGUGGCUAGAUGUGGUCGCAGUUAUGAAAGAUGUGAUUACUGUAGCUGAUACCAAAAAGAAAUGGAAGUCCCUCUCGGAUACAUUUAGGAGGUACCGGAAAAAUAUGCAGUUGCCAAGUGGCUCAGCAGCUCAGAAAAUGUCAAAUACGACGUCAAAUAUCCCCAUCACAGAAGAUACUUUAAACAAUACUGAUUGUGACAGCGUGAAUGAUAGUAUGAGUAGUGUUUCACCACGUAUUGGUCCGGGUCAUCAAAAAAAAAAUAAAGAAAAUUUUAUGGAUGAAAUGCAACAGUUGAUACGGGAGCCCAUAAAUAUUGACAUACAGCAGAAUAAUCAGAGUCCGUCUCUUGGAUUCUGCACCACGGUUGCAUACAGGCUCGAUAGUCUGAGCGAAGAUGCACGGGACAGGGCGAUGGUGCGUAUACUCGAGAUGCUGCAUGAAGAACGCCACAGGAAUCAAGCUUAG